ACAUUUAAUAAACCUCGACUUUUAAAACGCGAUUAAUAUUUUUUUUUAUUACACGCGCGUAUCACGUAUACACAACAACAGCGUUACGUCGCCGUCGAUCGUACGCAAGGCCGAUCCGAAUGCGUUUCGUCUCGCCGACUCGCAAUUACGCAAUGCGCUUGCUGCGCCUCGUGAAUAAACAUGUUCCUUCGGUCUCGUCCGGUAUCGUGGCACGAGCGCGAUAACGGCCGUCCAUCAUUAUUGGUUGUCACUCUCGGACUCACGCGAUCCGGAGUGGUACUCCGGAGCUCUCGGAGCCGCUCCUCAUCGACCGAUCGGAUCGACCGGACCGGACCGGAUCCAGCUGAUGGCUCUCUCCUGGCGGCUGCUGACGGCCGCGCGUCUGGUAGGCCGAAAGCGCACGCCAUCCAAUAUGCCGAUUUUUGUCUACCAGCUCAUUUCGCUUCGGCAAAAUAAUGCCCUUCCAACUGUCGGACAUUGGUGAAGGAAUUCGGGAUGUCACGGUGAAGGAAUGGUUCGUGAAACCAGGCGAUCGGGUGAGCCAGUUUGACAACAUCUGCGAGGUGCAGAGCGACAAAGCAUCAGUGACGAUCACGAGUCGAUAUGACGGCAUCGUCAAGACACUGCAUUACAAAGUGGAUGACGUCGCGAUAGUCGGGUCCGCAUUAUUGGAUAUCGAGAUAGAGGACGAGUCGAAGGACGUCGCAAGGGAUGACGCGGGGGAAAUCAAAAAGAACAUCGAGAGCGAGGAUAUAUCAGAUAGACAAAGAAAAAUGGAUGGGGGGGUGGAAUCAGAAAACAUUGCUCCAGAGAGAGUAUUGGCGACCCCGGCGGUGAGGAGGAUAGCCAUGGAGAAUGACGUGAGACUAAAAGACGUAACAGCGACCGGCAAGGGAGGAAGAGUACUAAAAGAAGACAUACUGGCGCAUCUGCAGAAAAUUUCCGCAAUUCCAGAAAUCAAGGCGGAAGCCCCAUCGCGUACAAGUGUGACGGGGAAGACAGUCGGUCUCAAGGGAUACUCGAAACACAUGUGGAAAACUAUGACAAAAUCCCUGAGUAUUCCGCACUUCGUCUACAGUGACGAGUGCAAUGUGAACCAGGUGAUGCGCUGCCGAAACGAGGUGAAGGCUUCCUUGAAGGACCGAGGCGUCUCUCUGACCCUUUUGCCAUUCUUCGUGAAGGCGGCAUCGCAGGCGUUAGAGCAGUGUCCCGAAUUGAACGCCUGGCUCAACGAGGAGAAUCAAACGCUGCAGAUGCUGGAUAAUCACAACAUCGGCAUCGCCAUGGACACGCCAGAGGGCCUGGUGGUACCGAAUAUCAAAAACGUGCAGAAUCUCAGUGUUUUCGCAAUCGCGCAGGAGCUCAACAGGCUUCAGGAGCUCGGCAGGAAAUCGUCGAUUCCACUCGCCGAUUUAACUGACACGACUUUUUCGUUAUCCAACAUAGGCGUCAUUGGUGGAACGUACACGAAACCGGUGAUCCUGCCACCGCAGGUGAUAAUUGGCGCGUUCGGAAAGGCACAGAAGAUACCACGAUUCGACGAUAAGGGGAAUGUAGUUCCAGCCAGCAUAAUGUCAGUCAGUUGGUCUGCGGAUCACCGCGUCAUCGACGGUGUCACGGUGGCCAAGUUCUCCAAUCUAUGGAAGCACUAUGUGGAGAAUCCGAUGCACUUGUUGAUUGGUGCGUGAGGCCGCUUACGUGCAAGGAGUCUAAUCUCUACUUUUUUACAUACCUAAAAAAUCAAUCAACAUUUUAUUCAUGUUUCGCCAUAAUCUUCAUAAUCUCGUUUUGAUAAUAUGAUGGUGGUCCAAAGUGGACAUGAUCGAAAAUAAAAAAAGAGAAAAAAAAACCAUAUUCAAUCUUGUAUACAUAAGUUAUAUAUUAUUUUUUCUUAUGUAGAUGUAAUUCUUUCUAAGAAUGGAAUUGAAUACCGUAGUCGACUUUAAAAUCGUAUUUCACGGAUUUUCUUACCUUUCUACAAAUUUAUUGACGACUCGAAAAAUCGCAUAUUUCGCGGAAAUUAGAUUCUAUCUUUGUAAAGGAAUUGUAUCUCUUUACGUAAUUUGAAUAUUAAAGAAUUUGGUUUCUCAAAACUU